AUGGAGUCACAAAGAAAAGAAGAAUUGUCUGAUGAGGACAUUCCAAGUGAUUUUUUUGAUGACUUUAGUAAAGAUGAGUUUAUAGAAGGUCUUAGUGUAAUAGACAGCUGGGAUGUUGAAGAAGGGGUCCAGAAGCGUAGUUCCCGAAGUCGCAUUGACGCUGCAGCAAUUGAUGGCGUUAGAGAUCUACGGGAGCUCAUCAGAGAUGGAAGAGAUGAAACAGAAAGUCGUCGUCAAGAAAAAUAUGAAAAUAGAUACAAACGGAAGCGAUAUGACCGUGAUACUUCGUAUAAAAGACAUACCAACGACAAACGGCGCGAGAGCAGUUCAAGUCACUUGGAUUACUAUAUUAAACCUGGUAGUCGUCGAGACCUUCGCAAAACCAAUGAAGCAAUUAGAAAAGACAAGCAGGUGAAAGUAAAAGAAUACCUAAGCAAACAUUUGGAUUCAAUUGAUGAUCUUAAACCUCCUGGAACGGAGCUUGAUGAUUUUCUAAACCAACCAACAAUUCCUACCAAAAAAAUAAAUAUAUCGAAAAGUCCAGUAGCGCACUAUUCGAAACGCCCAUCAAUAGAAAUGAAAUAUAGAGAUUCGCCAAAAAGAUAUUAUCAGCAUAAGGAAAGACGCAGCAUUCACCGCAGUCCUCGACACACCUAUUAUAUCAAUCAUCAUCUGAAGCCUCGUCGUUAUAGUCCCGACCGACCGAGUCAGAGACCAAGAAGACACUAUAGCCCAAGCAUCAGUGAAAGACGUGGUAGUAGACCACGAUAUAGUCCUUUACAUCGAAGUCCAUCUCGGCAGAGCCCAUUUGAACAUAGGAGAGAAUUUCAUUCACCAUCACCUGUGGCAUAUUCUUAUACUGAGAAGCACUCACCAUCAGCUCAACAGAAAGAUACCUUUCUAUACCCAAAUGAACAUCAUUCUUUAAAUCAGGCUCAACCAAUCCCAAACCUAUACCAAACUGGACAAGCAGAGUUUUAUACAAACCCUGGGUUAACUGCAUAUCCUGGAGCACCACAGUAUUCAUAUUCUCAAUGUGAAUCUUAUGUUGGUUAUAAUGCUCCAUAUGAAUAUGCAGCACCACCCAAUGUAGGCUUGGUGCAGGCUGUCUCUACACCAGUCAUGAAUUCAGCUCCAGCCAUGGUUCCUCCACCUCUGCAAAGUACUCCUGCAAAUCCUGCUGUUACUGCUGCAGUCUUAGAUCCACCAAAUUCACAGGAAAAACCAUUUGACGCCUUAGCAAAAUUGGUUGUGGAAGGCAAGAUUUCUAAAGAAGAUUAUCUCAAACUGGCACCAAAUAAAGGUACAAUUAUUGAAAGUGCUGUAGACACACAAUUGAGAGUUAAGGUGGUAAAGCGCUGCCGUGAAGCAUUGAAUAAGCUUAGUAAAUUAACAUUGCCUGCUCGUUUGUUAAUAGACAAUGAUCUCAUUGGCCAAGAAACCAAGCGUCUUGUACCCAAAUAUUGUUCUCCAUUAAAGAGACAAGCUACAGUAGAUUUCUACUUUACAAAAACAAGUGGUAAAGUGGAAACUGUGCACCAAAACAAACAACUAAUAGACAGCAUAGUUUCAACGUUAGGACUUAAAAAUAAAGUCUCGCAAUCAUCGAAGAAAAUUCGAAAUGGUAUGAAGGAUGCAGCAGUACAAACAAUAAAGCCGUUUUGUGAAGUUUGCCAGAUUCGCGAAUCAACCCAAUCUUACGAAAUAGGGACGUCUAUCGAUCGCGAGGAUUUCACCACCACAGUUCACACUCAAGUUUUGGAACAAGAUUUGAUUAGUUCUAAGGCGAUUUUCAACCCGAGUGGAAGCGUUUCGGACAGUGCGCCAAUUUCUAUUGCGCACCUCACUCCUGCACAGCUGGUUUCACAACUAGCGGCGCGUGCGAAGACACUGAAGCAAUCUGAAGUUACACACCAUUCGCAAUUUUAUAGGAAUACUGGAAACAGCUAUGACUACGAUGGACGUGGAAACGGAAACCAAUAUAAUUAUAACUAUCGUUAUUAA